AUGGUAAUGAAGAUCGCUGCUCCGGAAAUGCAAGAACCGUCUGCAAAAUUCAGCUUAAAUUGCCUUCAAGACUUCCCUGCUUGCAAGAAGGCUAAAGCUACUGCUGUCGCGACACCUCUCAAGCCUGUUAUCCCUGCUGCUGCCAUGGGGAAAGAAGUGAUGAAGCUGAAGACUCGUGUAAUCAAGAAGAAUCUAAACCCAGAGUGGAACGAAGAGUUAACACUCUCUGUAGAGGAUCCUAAUCUUCUUGUCAAGUUGUACGUGUAUGACAAGGACCUAUUCAGCUUCGAUGAUCCCAUGGGCAAUGCAGAGUUUGAAAUACGAACAAUUUUCGAAGUUGCGAAGAAGAACUUAGAAGGCUUUGUUGAUGGCACCGUCAUAACAAAAGUGGUGCCAAAUAGGCAAAACUGUCUGGCUGAAGAGAGUGUUAUCCGCGUGGAGAAUGGGAAAGUUUAUCAGGACAUGUUUUUGAGGCUCAAAAAUGUGGAGUCCGGUGAAAUUGAGCUGCAGCUGCAAUGGAUAUACAUUCCUAAUGCAAAGGGCUUUCAGGAUUCAUAAGCUUAAGGAGGAAUAAAAUGAAAACUGUAAUAUUUAAUGUAGAUAUGGGAUAAGUUGACUCCAGUGCACAGUUUUAGUUAUUAUAGCUAUAGUUUUCAUCAAGCCAAAAUAAAAGAAAAGAGGAGUUUUUGGGUGGUAUUUUUAUGUAUGUUUGCUAUUGGACUGGGAUUGUCUUGAGUUGUGUUUUUAUUUGAUGAUUUUAUAAAAAAUUAA